UUUUCUUUUGUGCUAGAUAACGCGCAAACGAGGAGUGAGACUACUAAAGUUACCUAAAUUUAAACAAACUGAAAGGUAACCUCCUUUUUCUUUAUAAUUAGUAUUGGAUUCAGGGAAAGGGUUGAUCAAUCAGAAUAUAAGCAUGUCGCUUGUUAUUCAACCUGUUACUGGUGAUACCAAGCUGGAUCAGACGAUAGAUCCUGAAGAAGAUUGGACCGAGAUCAAACAGAGGAAAUUGGAAGAGUAUAUUAAACAGUACGUUAAGAGCUUAUCAGAGAGUCACCCUCGUCUGUUUUAUAAGCGUAUCAAUUGGGCAGAGUUGAUCAAUGUGGUGGGUGUGAAUGAUCGGGAGUUCCUUCAGUUGAAAGUGGAUGAGAUCUAUGACGACAUGUUUGAUCAGUGGGAUGACGAAGGAGAGUUGGAUAUUAGUAAGAUUAUAUCUGGUUGGAAGAAUAAGGGGAAUCCGUUGUAUCGUGAGGUUGUGCUGAUGAUUGAGACCAUUGGCCUUGAGCAAUUCAAGGUUGAUUUGCCAGAGCCAGUGCCAGAGCCAGUGCCAGAGCCAGUGCCACAUCCACAGAAUGUAGAGGAACAACCAAUUGAGCGAAUGCCCUCGAAUAUUGAGUUCAAGAAUGUCCAAAGAGAUAUUAGUGGAGAUAAUACAGUGUCUGAACCACGACAAACUCUACCCAAGGUUCAAUCUAGAGGAUCUUUAACGCCACAAGUUGGAUUGCCGCAACUUACAAAAAAACAACGGAGACUAUCCCUCGAUUUAAUGCAUCCCAAGCCAACAUCAAUCGAUCGAGGAAAUGUACUUGACGAAUCCAUAUUGACUGCUCCAGCCGGGCCCGAAACUACGACCGUCAAUGUCAUAACCAAGGCUGAGGUAGGUCCUAGAGCUCCCAUGAAAUCAACCAAAUCUACCCAAAACAAAUCCCAUAAAAAGUUUCUGUUACUAGGAACCAAAAAGAAAACGAAAUCAAAAACAAACUUAAAACAAAUUGAAGACAAGGGAUACACGCUUUCUUCUGAUAGGCGUCGCAUAUCGCUUGUUGGAGAGAGCUUACCAUUGUACAUUCGCAACCAGUUGACAUUUGCACAACAAACUGCAUCGCAUAAACCAUCAAAGAGACAAAUACUCACCUUGACUGAAUCGCCAAAAAUGUCACCUGUCGUCCCCGCUGCAAAUACUCAGGAUACCGAUGAACCAUCUGCAUCCAGUAGUCCCGAAAGCGUAGUUGUUAAACUGGGAAGAUUACAAAACCUUCUUGCCAAUUCUCAAUCCUUAUACGCCCACUCAAAAGAUAAUAGAGAAAUGGCCACAGGUAUUUCACAUUCACAUACCCAAACAACAAACACAUCAGAAAAUACAAGUCAAAGAUUGCAUUAUGAUUCCGAUGACGAGGACAAGGAGUAUAUCCUGCCCGAUCUGUUGACGCGAUAUUACGGUCUUCAAUUGGAGGGGGACGAAGACGACGAAGAGGAGAUUUUGAAUGAAAUUGACGAAAGCGAAGAAAAUGGGUUUGUUAAUGUAUAUGGUAACUUUUCUAACGAUGUUCGUGAUGAGAAUAACAGUAUCGAUGAUAUUGAUGAUGAUUAUUUAUUUAAAAUAUAGCUAAAUACUUUUUUUUUUUCUUUUUUAAUCUUCCAUGAUUUGAUUUUUAGUUCUCCUUAAUGCAGUAAGAGUGUAUUCGUACAUGAAUAAUGAUAUAGCACUGGUUGGUGCCGUUUUAAGGACACUAAUUCCGAACCCCUUGUAUAACCCAAACACCCCUUCUCGUGUAAUUAUGUUUUUGAAUAUGGUAAUGGCACUGGCGCCGUCCUUUCCAUAGACAAUUGAAUGCAUUUGACAUCUCUUUCUCAAAGUGUCCAACGGAAAUGUUAUACCCUUGGAAGUAGCCCCAGCAAGGAACCCACAGAACCCCUCUAUAAACGGGAUAUGUUUGUAAUCAGUGGCGAAAUCUCGGGCUAAUUCAUAUGACCAGAACAUUAAUGCUGUAGUCGAUGCCACUGAAAGCAUUGCUGGUUUCGCCCCGGCAAACAUCCCCACAAUUCCCUCUUCCUUCAUAAUCUUCUUAAUAGUGCCUGUCAUAGAUAGGAAGUUUCUCUCUGAAUUAGCUACCAAUCGGGUCCGCAACAAGUCAAACGGGUAUGUUGUAAGUGUGCUUGCGAUCCCGGCCCCACCACCAACCACCAAUGCAUGGGUGGCUGAAUUGAGAUUGCUGUAUUGACUUAACCACUUGUUAAGUACCGAGUAAGAAGUGAACUGAACCCCACCGUAUAUAAUGUAGAGGAUCUCGGCGGGAACGUUUCCCUUCCAUAACGCAGCAAGACCUUCGUUUUGAACAAGGUUCUUGACAAUGGUGAACACGGACUUUCGCUGUUUGAAGUUCUUGGGACUGAGUUGUAAUCGGAUUUUUAUGGUGUCUAAAGGUGCAGUGACCGCUCUUGCAACUGCUCCGGAUAUGGAUCCCGAAACCAAUGCUUCGUAUGGUGAUACCGUAGACCCUUUGUGUAAAUGAUCUUCUCUUCGUUUGCUCAUUAAUUCAACAGGGAUAUACCCUUGUAAUCUAUCUAUAAAUAUGCUUGAAGACUAAAAAGCAACUAAAGUUGUGAGUGGUAGAUUGUUGUAGCAU